AAAAAAAAAAACCUGUGUUAAAUAUACAUAACAAAACUUACCAUUUCAAAGUGCAAUUCUGAGGCAUUAAAUAUGUUCAAAAUGUUGCUUUCAUCUCUUACAGUAAGUUUUGCCUUAUUUACAGUAACAUUGUGAUUAACCAGAGGAAAGCUAAAGUCUGAGGAGAGUAAAGUUUCACUAUGACUAGGCAAAACUCAACCUUUACUUAUUCAGUAAAUCAUAUCUAAAUCAUGAAAGUCAUUAUGAAAGGCAGAUGUUAACCUUUCUUUUGAUUAAAUCACAGUGAAAGUAAAAUCCUGUUGUCAUUGUUAAAACCUUAAGAAUGGAUAGAGAACAUAAAUUUCUAAUUCUCUAAAUAGAAAGUCCACUUGUUCAUUCCUGGUUCUCUUCCUCUCCCACGUUUCCUGAGAUAUAUGGCAAUAUUUGAAAAUGCGAUUCUGUCUUCCUACCUUCUAGAAAAUGUUGUUAUAUCUUAGCUUCCAGGAUGAAUUUUGAAGAAAUGCUGUACUGUAACAGGGGUAAAAGAAUAUGUACAUACUGCAAUAUUCAUUUAAUAAUUAUCAGCUAACGGUCACAUUAUAUAGUAAGGUCACUGGAGUUUUCCUGUGUAAAUUUUGUUAGUUUGCUAAACUCAGCAAAGAUAAAUACACUUGAGGAAAGACAAGUAUAUAUUAUUACCGAUUAUCAUUGUUGAGUUUAGUUCUAUUCAUACUUCAGCAAUUUUAGUAGUUCAGCAAACAAACCUCCAUACAUUUUAAAAAGAUUGUCACCACUGCCAAUUAAAUUCUAAUGAAUUUCAUCAUUACUAUUUUUACAGAUACAGAAAAUCAGUCCCUUGUUUUUCAUUAUUUACUUGUGAAGCAAACGUGCUAGUUUCGUUCCACGCAUAAUUAUGGAAUGUCUAAAUUGAAAGGGUGUUUAUUUAGUUUACACUUCACUUAAAGGGUGUUUAAUUAGUCUACCACCUUAUUUAAAGGAUGAAGAAAAAAGGGCCAAUUUUUUUUUAAGGUCACAAAUGUAUUAGUUGGCAGGUUUAGAAAAUAUCUCUGUAAAAAUUUAAGGUCCUUUCUAAGCAUUUUAAAUUUGAGGGUACUCUAAAGAAUAAAGAUUGUCUAGAAAUAUAACAAUGUAACCAACCGUUGGCUUUUUAUUUUCAAGCUGAGGUAAGGGAAACCAUUCUCUUAGUCACGCUUUCACACACUCUCUCUUAUUAAAACUAGUUGAGAAGCUGCUUGGCCACCAAGCACACACUAUAGUGAUAAUUUAGGGAGCGGGGUCACGCAUGACCUGGCUUCAAUUUUUAACCCAUCGUCAAAAGUACUAGCAACACAUAGUCAAAAUUUUUUAACUCAUUUUAUCACACCUCAAUUCAUCAUCACCUUUGUACAUCCACUAUUUAAAAUGAGAUAUGUAACAACGUGACUCUUCAGUUUCAGGAUACGUCAUGUCUAAUGGGACAAUUAAAAACUAACUCGGAAGGUUUUCGUUGUGCACAAACCUGUGAUUAUCCAUUUUUUAAAAAUUUCACCUUUUUAUUUUACCAUGACUGAGAACACAGGGGAUAUUUAUACACACACACAGCAAUGCACAUAUCCAUAUGAAUAUACACAUUUGUGUGUGGGUUUUCAAACUCAGAAGUUGAAUGGACGAGAACUAGGAUACCAUUGUGCGAAAGCCACAAGCGAUCAAACCACAAGCGAUAACUCAUUUUAUGAAACACACAAAACAAGUGGCAACAAAAGCUAUUUUCAUGGUAAUCUCAUCUCAUAACUACUGAAAUGAAACUCAACUGCCAGGGUCUGGCUUCCACUUCCAGCUCGUGGCUGUGAUUCAGGAGGGAAGGGAACGUUCUUCCUCUCCAGGCUUGGUGCUUUUCAUCCAGAAGCAGCGAUCGUGGUGAGGAAGUUUAAGGCCACAAAACUGUGGGGUCAAUGUCGAGAAGAGUCAGCAAGCUCCACUCAGAGGCUGUGCCACAGAUUCCUAAGCUUCGCCAGUGUAGACCGUCCCGUGGGUGCGGACCAGGAGAAGGGAUCCCAAAGCACCGGGGAAGCUGAAAACCCCGGCAGAGCGAGCAGAAGAAGGACACAAACCGCAAAGAUGAGGCGGGACGAGAACCCUCCUUCGUCGCCCACAGCGGGCUCUGUUACAUUAGCCCCCCUUCGGCCCCCACGCAGCUUUCAGAACCACCUCCAGGUUCCUUGGCCCCUUCAGGGGGGCCGUCGGUCGUUGCGAGGAGAGGUCCCACGAGCCCAUGCUUCCCUAGUGCCCUCCAGAGAGCAGUUCUAAGACCCGGACAGCCCGACCGAGGCGCCGACCCGCAGCGUCGGGCUCGGCAGGGGAUUGCUUCUGUCUGGGGCUCGGCUGAAGAGGCGUUCAGGUCUCGCGCGCACCCGUUCCGCGUUCUUCCAGCCAAUCGGGCGCUACUCGCACGCCCAGAAACGCUCCACGGCCUUUCUCAGGCUGGGCCGCUCCUUCCCGCUCCCAGUACUCGGCAGCAGAGCUCACUCCUCCCCUCACUCUCCACGAGUUACACGCCUCGCGGUGUGGCUCCGCCCCAGUCCUGAGUCCACCCCCGCAACCUCCAGAGCGUGUGCACUCCUUUCCCCUCAGUCUUCUGCCAUCUGAGGCUCCGGCUCCGGCUCCGUAGCUCCACGGCCGCGCUCCGACGCCUCCGCGCGCUCUCCAGGUGCAGCCACCGCGUUCUCCACUAGCACUCGCCGCCUCCGACCGGACUCGGGGUCGCGCGCUCUGACUCCGCCCCCUCCCGCGGACUCGCGCACUCCCGGCGCAGGGCCUCUUCCCGGCGCAGGCCGCCCGGCGCCUGGCCGCCUCCCCCACCUUCCACGCUCGCCUCGCGCUCCCCGGGCGCUCUCGCUCUCGCGCUUUCCGAGGCGAGCGCGCUCCCGGUCCGCGCGCUCCGGGCUCCGGUUUCUCCCGGCUCCUGUCAGUGCGGUGACUGCGCUGGGAAACAUGGCGACCGAGGGAAUGAUUCUCACUAACCACGACCAUCAAAUCCGUGUUGGAGUCCUGACAGUGAGUGAUAGUUGCUUCAGGAAUCUUGCAGAGGAUCGCAGUGGGAUAAACCUCAAAGAUCUCGUACAAGAUCCUUCUUUGUUGGGUGGGACUAUAUCAGCAUACAAGAUAGUACCAGACGAAAUAGAAGAAAUCAAGGAAACCCUGAUAGAUUGGUGUGAUGAAAAAGAACUUAAUUUGAUUCUAACGACUGGAGGAACAGGUUUUGCACCACGAGAUGUCACUCCAGAGGCCACAAAAGAAGUAAUAGAGCGGGAAGCGCCAGGGAUGGCCCUGGCAAUGCUGAUGGGAUCACUUAAUGUUACACCUCUGGGCAUGCUCUCUAGACCUGUAUGUGGAAUCAGAGGGAAAACUCUCAUAAUUAACCUGCCAGGUAGCAAGAAAGGAUCUCAGGAAUGUUUUCAGUUCAUACUGCCAGCUCUACCUCAUGCCAUUGACCUCUUACGUGAUGCCAUUGUAAAAGUAAAAGAAGUACAUGAUGAACUUGAAGAUUUACCUUCACCACCACCACCUCUUUCCCCUCCUCCCACAACUAGUCCCCAUAAACAAACAGAAGACAAAGGGGUUCAAUGUGAAGAAGAAGAAGAAGAAAAGAAAGAUAGUGGUGUUGCUUCAACAGAAGACAGUUCCUCAUCACAUAUAACUGCAGCAGCCAUUGCUGCCAAGAAGCAUCCAUUCUACACCAGUCCUGCUGUUAUCAUGGCACACGGUGAACAGCCCAUCCCAGGUCUCAUCAAUUAUUCCCAUCAUGCAGCAUGCAGUGCAGAUGAUCGGAUUCCAGACUCUAUCAUUUCUCGUGGUGUUCAGGUGCUCCCACGAGAUACAGCCUCCCUCAGCACUACUCCUUCAGAAUCGCCUCGUGCUCAGGCUACAUCACGCCUUUCUACAGCUUCCUGCCCAACACCAAAAGUCCAGUCCAGGUGCAGCAGCAAGGAGAACAUUCUCAGAGCCAGUCACAGUGCUGUUGAUAUCACCAAGGUGGCUAGAAGACACCGCAUGUCUCCUUUUCCUCUAACAUCUAUGGACAAAGCCUUCAUCACAGUCUUGGAGAUGACUCCGGUGCUUGGGACAGAAAUCAUCAAUUAUCGAGAUGGAAUGGGUCGAGUUCUAGCUCAAGACGUAUAUGCAAAAGACAACCUACCCCCUUUCCCAGCAUCAGUAAAAGAUGGCUAUGCUGUCCGAGCUGCUGAUGGACCAGGAGAUCGUUUCAUCAUUGGAGAAUCCCAAGCUGGUGAACAGCCAACUCAGACAGUAAUGCCUGGACAAGUCAUGCGAGUUACAACAGGUGCUCCAAUCCCAUGCGGUGCUGAUGCAGUAGUACAAGUCGAAGAUACCGAACUUAUCAGGGAAUCUGAUGAUGGCACUGAGGAACUUGAAGUACGAAUUCUGGUGCAAGCUCGACCAGGCCAAGAUAUCAGACCCAUCGGCCAUGACAUUAAAAGAGGAGAAUGUGUUUUGGCCAAAGGAACCCACAUGGGCCCCUCAGAAAUUGGUCUCCUGGCAACUGUAGGUGUCACAGAGGUUGAAGUUAAUAAGUUUCCUGUGGUUGCAGUAAUGUCAACAGGAAAUGAGCUGCUAAAUCCUGAAGAUGACCUCUUACCAGGAAAGAUUCGAGACAGCAAUCGUUCAACACUCUUAGCAACAAUUCAAGAACAUGGUUACCCCACAAUCAACCUGGGAAUUGUGGGAGACAACCCAGAUGACUUACUCAAUGCCUUGAAUGAGGGUAUCAGUCGUGCUGAUGUCAUCAUCACAUCAGGGGGUGUAUCCAUGGGGGAAAAGGACUAUCUCAAGCAGGUGCUGGACAUUGAUCUUCAUGCUCAGAUCCAUUUUGGCAGGGUUUUUAUGAAACCAGGCCUACCAACAACAUUUGCAACUUUGGAUAUUGAUGGUGUGAGAAAAAUAAUCUUUGCACUACCAGGGAAUCCUGUGUCAGCUGUUGUCACCUGCAAUCUCUUUGUUGUGCCUGCACUGAGAAAGAUGCAGGGCAUCUUGGAUCCUCGACCAACCAUCAUCAAAGCCAGGUUAUCAUGUGAUGUAAAACUGGAUCCUCGCCCAGAAUACCAUCGGUGUAUACUGACUUGGCAUCACCAAGAACCACUGCCUUGGGCACAAAGUACAGGUAAUCAGAUGAGCAGCCGUCUGAUGAGUAUGCGCAGCGCCAACGGAUUAUUGAUGCUACCUCCAAAGACAGAGCAGUACGUAGAGCUGCACAAGGGCGAGGUGGUAGAUGUUAUGGUCAUUGGGCGGCUAUGAUGAUCGCCAGCGGCAGAAAGCUUUGAUGCAUGUCCACAUAUCAUUGACUGUAUCCUGUAAUAUGCAACGGCACAGCUAGUUUUUCUGAUCUGGAUAAAAGUUGAUCUGUAUAGUCAACAUCUUGAACUAUAUUUCAAAAGAAUUUAAAUACCUUUUAAAGAAAAAAAAACUCCUAAAAAUAAAUCUUAACAGACAACUCUAUUCUGAUUAUAUCAAAGCAAAUUUUUCCUUUCUUGCAAAUUGCUUUGUGUGUUCAAUGCUAGGUCUGAUAGCGAUAGCUUUUAGUAGACAGCAGUAGGUGCCUGCAGAACUUGUGUUUUUCUCAUCUUUAAAAUACAACUACUUAUGCUCUUAAAUCAAGGCUGUCUGCUUAUUUAUACUAGUGUAGGCAACACUUGGAUUUCCCUUCUUAGUAUGCUUCAUAACUGCUUUACAGAGAGCUUUUGCUUGUUCUUUAUCAUGUAUCUCGUGUUUAUGUGCGCAGUGCCAACAGAAGAGUGACUGGGUGGAGGCCUGCCCUGCCUCAAGGAAAACCUUCCCCAGCAGAGCAUCUGGGGAGGUUUCUCACCCCAGAAUCCUAACGGCACAGUACUCUUGGGCAGUAACUGGAUACCUUUUAUUUGAACAAACUGGGGGGGAAAUGCUUCCUAAAGUGCUGACAGCCUUUUUAACCAAUACAUUUAAAAUUGUACAGAACAAAAAAUAAAAUCAAAGACUGAUCUUGUACAGAUAUUAGUGUUACCAGCAUUCAUGUGGAAAUCAAGAGCAAAGAAAAAAAUGUUAAACAACUCUGUACCAUACAUUUUCUGUAAUGAUACUGAAACUUAAUGAAUAAAAAAAAAAUCCUUGAUCAUUAUUUAAAA